AUGGCGCUCCUGUCAAGCUCAAUACCCUCAAGCAGCAUCUCGCGAAGAUGGAAGGCACGGCUACUCUCUGCAUCACUUGAACAGCCUCUCGAUAGGGUCAACGUACUUGGUGACGAAACAAGCGGGCAUACCGGAUGCGUGAACGCUCUGUCUUGGGCAAGAGAUGGCGAGCUUCUGUUAAGCGGGGGAGAUGAUAAAACAGUGCGGCUAUGGCGGAUGGAUGCGAGCGACCAUGAUAAGGACUAUCCCUUCGUCUGCCAGGCGGUUGUGCACACAGGGCACCGCGCAAAUAUCUUCAAUGCGCAAAUGCUACCGCAUUCGUCCAGGAUAGCGAGCGUAGCAGGUGACAGCCAAGUGCGGGUAUUCGACGUCUCCACUGCUCUAUCUUCACGGCAUGACGGUGAGAUGGAGCUCACCACCCGCGCGGCGCAGGCCAGGGUGUUGCAGUGCCAUUCUGCUCGGGUGAAGAGGAUCGUGACGGAGGAGAGUCCCGACCUCUUUCUAACUGUGGCUGAAGAUGGAACAGUCCGCCAACAUGAUCUGCGUGUCCCGCACAACUGCUUCUCUGGCUCCUGUCCAUCCCCGUUGAUUAAACUUUCGUGCAGUCUCAACACGCUUGCGCUCUCUCCGCUCACACCAUACCAGUUCGUCGUUGCUGGCGAGGCUCCCUAUGGUUACUUGUAUGACAGGCGAGCCGUAGGCCGGUUCUUCCAGGAAGAAUGGGGAAUGCCACCGGACGCAGACAGCUUGACGACGUGUGUGCGACGGUUUGGCAGGAAGAUGAGGGGCCCAAACGAGCGGAAGGGCGACGAACAUAUCACUGGAGCAAGAAUGGCGACAAGCAACGGGCAUGAGGUCAGCAUUCCAUACAGCUCUGACGUGGUCUAUCUAUAUUCUACACUUGACGAUCCUCAGUCAUCUUCGUCGUCUACCAGAGCCUCCUCAGUCCUGCCGCCAGCUCCACCGCCACGGAUUCCGCCUCGUACUUUUGAGGCUGCUGCCAGGAGUUUGACUGAGGCUCAGCGGGAAACCGAUCGUGCGAUGGAAGAAGAUAUUGAACGAAUGAUGGAGGAGGAUGCAGAGAUGUUCGACGGGGAAGAGCUUUUUCCGACCGACCCUGAUGACGAGAAUGCCGAGAAUGAAGAAAGAGGCGAAGAGGAACAGGCGUCGACCUUGCUCCCAACUUUGCCAAUUGUCCUCCCUCGCGCUCGCUUCGUCGGAGCUGGCAAUGUAGAGACGAUCAAAGAUGUCAACUUCUUGGGCCCUCGAGACGAGUUCGUCGCCUCGGGUUCGGAUGAUGGUAAUUUCUUCAUAUGGCGGAAAUCCACGGGCAAGUUACACGACAUCCUUGAAGGCGAUGGCAGUGUGGUGAACGUGAUAGAAGGCCAUCCACAUCUUCCCCUGCUUGCAGUCAGUGGGAUUGAUACGACAGUCAAACUGUUCGCGCCCGCACGUGGUGGACGUGCGUUCUCCAAGCUCGGAAAUGCAGAGAACAUUAUCAAACGCAACAGUGAAGCCUCCUCAAGGACCGUUGACCUGGCGAGCCUAUUUAUACAGUACCAGUUACUCGCUGGCCAAUCUGCUGUGUCAAGAGAGGGAACAACGCCGCAGUGUACAUUCCAGUGA